ACACAACUCUUCCUUUGUUAUGUUCAUUAAAAUGUUUUCAAGAAGACGAAAAAGAGGUUCUUGGAGAUAAAGAAGGUGUUCCUUCGCUGAUUGGUGGUCUGUCUACUCCAGGCAACAAAACAAAUGGUUCAGAGAGAGCGAAAGAGAUCCCUCCUCCCCAUGUGGCCCCUCAACCUACAACAUUCGCCAAAAUUCUAAGCAUUUUGAGGCAACAUAUAGUGGUUCCAGUUCACAAUGUCUUGCAAACAGAGCUAGAUAUCUUGAAGAGUAUUGUGUACGGUGGUCUAAUCGAGUCCAUCACAAGCUUCGGGGUUGUAUCCUCCGCUGCUGCUUCCGGAACUUCGACCCUCAACGUUAUGGCCUUGGGGCUAGCCAAUUUAUUCAGUGGCCUAUUUCUCAUCAUUUACAACCUAUAUGGACUUGUAAUGUCUGAACCCUUCUUUCCACAUGCGCACAUUGAUAAUGCGACGGAUAUGAAGGAUAAAAUAGAUCCGUACGAGCAAAUGCUUGGAAACAGAAACAAUGUCGCACUCCAUUGCAUCGUUGUCGUGGUCUCAUUCAUAUUCUUCGGUGUGAUCCCUCCACUCUUCUACGGCUUCUCUUUCAAAACAACAGACAAUAGAUACUACGAAGCUGCGGUUUUCGUAGCCGCGUCUCUGCUCUGCGUCAUCACUCUCUCCUUUGGCAAAGCUCACGCUUUCAAGAAGGAUAAACUCAAGACUGUGGCUGUAUACACCGGAAUAGCGAUUGGGGCGUCUGCGUUUUCUUGCAUUGCAAGCCAGCACGUUAGAGGUCUGCUUGAGAAGUAUGAGUUUCAUAAGAUUGCGUCUGAUUAGCCAAAAGAGUGAUUUCAAGAUUGCAGAAGAGUUUUUUUCAAACGCUAGUAAACAGAGUUAUCCAUGUUUUUACUUUUGUCACAAGUGUUUAAUGUUUGUUUCUGCUUCACGAGCUUGUUUUGUUUCUCUGUAAGCAAAAUGUUCUGUUUUUAUCAAUAAGAAUCAGUUUCGUUUU